UACCGCACUCACGGACACCGUGCGCCAAGUAAUGGCGGAAUCGGCUUAUUUAAACGCUGCCAAAUGACACAGAAAGAGCACAGUAGUACAUCUAACUUCUGGAAUUAAAGACACUGCCGAAAGUUUUUCAACACUUUACAGUCAUGAACGCCAAGGUAAUGAUGCUGUUGGUCCUAGUUUCCGUUAUGGUAGGAUCAUCGUUCAGCGCACCCCAGUUCGGUCGUCCGGGAGGGCUGAUUGGACUUAGAAGACCUGGAGGAUUCCAAGGACGACCAGUAUUUGGCCCAGGUUUCGGAGGAGCUAACGCUGCCGGAUUGGGAAGCGGUACUGUUAUUGGCAACCAAGCCAUUGGAACAGGCACGGGCAUCGCUAACGCUGGACCGGGUGGAUUUGGUAUUGGUCUUGGCAUCGGGGCUGGCGUUGCAACUCCUAUCGGAAAUUUCGGAAUCGGACAGGGAAAUAGUAUUUCCGUCGGAAAAUAGAAGGAUUGGAUAACCCUUAACAAUACUGAAGCACUAUUUCUCACUGGCCCGCUAUUCUAACUUCUACACUUGGAUGCCUUUCAUUUUGAUUUCUGUGUAUCCAAAUUGGUUUCUGAUUUCCUAAGCCGGAAUCAUAAACAAUUAAAUUAUGUUAAUUUCUGGACUAUGACUUUUGUACAAAGCACAGAAUACAAAUUUUAAUUCAAAUAAA